UUCCCACCUCCACAACAAUGAGAAAUACAACAACCUCGACGAGUAUGUUUACUACCAGCAUGAGCGAUCUACUAAUUUCUCGACCAACAGCGGAUAAUACAAUGAAUAAAGAUGAUCGAAAACGUCCUUUGUACAUGGAAGAUCUUAUACAAGCUCUAGAAGAUUUUGAUAAGAAAACGAAACAAGAUAAUUUUGCUGAGAGUAACAGAAUCGGUUCAACCAAAGAUGAUGAUGCUAAUCGUCCACUGGUAAAAAAAGAUUUAUGGGAUCUCGAAGACAUUAUGUAUUGUAAAGACAAACAUGGCCCACAUGAAGGAAUCAAGGAUUUCAAUGACGUCAUUAAAUUAAUUAACAAAGGCAUCAAAGUACAACUGGAAGUAACAACACCAGCCGUUGAAGACUCGGAUUUAAAUUGGGUUCCCAUUAAAAUACCUAAGGAAUGAUAAUUAAACUUGAAAUUUACUAACAUAAAAUUCGAGCAA